AUAUUCACAAGGUUACACAUAAUACAACAGUAAACAGAGUACUGCAGUACAAAGGGCUUAUGCACGUGCGGUACACGUCGUACUAUAGAAUACAAAUAAUUACAGUACACAGAGUACUACCCUACACAUAGUACUACAGUGCAUUUAGUACAGCAGCACUCACAGUAUUACAGCUACACAGAAUAAGGCAGUACAUAGAUCACUACAGUACUAUGAGUAUUACAUAACACAGAGAACGGCAGAACAUAUUAGAGUCUUACAGGACACAUAGGACUGCAGUACAAAAAGGAGAUCAGUUACACAGAGUACUUCAGUACACAGAGUAUUAAAGGUACACAUAGUACUACAGCUGCAAGAGUACUGCAGUGCAUAUGGUAUAGCAUUUACACAGAGUGUUGCAGUCACAGUGAGGGCAACCAUCCGUUUUGAUAUGACACUCUUAUUGUGAAGGAUGGAAACCUGAUGUCGCUUUCUGAACAGAACACAGCCUGUGUGAUCUUGUUGGAGCUCGGCUGUUGAGAAGAGGAUGAACCAGUGGAUCUUGAAUAUUUAAUAUUUUCUCUUUACUAUUUGAGCCAUGAACCCCUCCAGGUUUAACCUGAAGUCCUUCCUCCACCAGCGGCUGUUCCUGGCGGGGGAGGAGAUCGUCGGAGAGAUGGAGAGUACCAUCACGGCAGCGCGACCCGUAGCCGGAGUGAGUGUAUCCACUUGGGGGUUGGAAGGUUUGGGACACCGGCGAAUGGCGGCAGCGUGUCCACUAACCAGCAGCACCACAGAGCCAGGAGACCAAUGUGACCCCCCACUGAUGCAGCAGAACCCAGGACCUUCACAAACCAGCGCGGGCCUGGACUGUAAAGACUGGAACAUCAGCCCGGAAGACGCAGACCUGAAGAUUUGUCAGAUAAAAGAGGAACUUGUGGAAGAGAGUCAAACACAGGAGAUUGUUUUUCCUUCUCCUGAAAUCAUGAAAAGUUAGCAAGAUCAGCCAGCGAUACAGGCAUCGCAUGAAAUGCAGCCAGGUCCAUGGAACUGCUCUGCAGUGAAGACUGAGAACAAUGACCGUGAUGAGGAGCUGCUCGACAGCCGGGCUGUAUUGCCUAAUGAGAAACUUUCCACCAAAAAUCUGAAAGGCCACGAGGUUUGCCAUUGGUGUGGCCAGUAAUUUAAGCAUACAUAUAACUUGACGAAACACAUAAAAAGACACAAAGCAUUAACAUCUUGUAACGUUUGUGGGAUAGAAUUCAAAUUCACGAAACUGUUGCUACAUCAUUUGAAGCAUCUUCACAAAAAUACAUGUUUUGUGAAGUUUGUGGCAACAUGUUUAGCAAUAGCCGUUUUUUGGAGAUUCAUCAUGAGAGAAUGCAUAAAGACAUGAGAGAGUUUCCUUGUCAAGAGUGUGGCAAAACAUUUAACAGUAGCGAUCAUCUCGUUGACCACGUGCGCACCCAUACUUGGGGAAACCCGUAUCAGUGAGAUAUCUGUGGAGAGGCAUUCAGUCAGAGCCAGGAUCUCACAGUCCAUAAAAAAAGCCAUUCUGACAAAAUGCCGCAUAGUUGCAGCCUGUGUGGCCAGCGUUUUAAUAAGAAAACCAUUCACAAAUCAGACAUGAGAUGCCAUUCAGGGGGAAACUCGUACCCGUGUGAUAUUUGCGUUAAACGUUUUUCCCAACCUGGAAUGUUGAAGAGCCACAGGACCACGCACAAGAGGAGGUUUGCCUGUCAAGUCUGGCAAGCAAUACAAGUCUACAAAGACUGUUAAGGUGCAUCUGAGAUCUCAUGAAAUGUCAGAUGCUGAGUGAAGACAGUUGAAUUCACCUGAACUUCUCACUUUGUGACAUUGUUAAAAGAUGUGCUAUGUAAAUAAAGUUUUUGUACUGUAAAUAUAUGUCAUAGAUGCUGUGUGAGUUGUGGAAGAAAGGUUUACAUGUGUUACAUGAUUCACCCAUUUAUAUAUACAUCAUAUGUUCUUACUUUACGGUCAUUCAUUUCUGAAAGCAUACCAGGAGCUGUUAAUGGUUUAUAUACAAUAUAUACACACACCUGCUGAUAAUUAUCAAUAUUUGGGUCUGAAAUAAAAGGUUGGAUCUUUAAAGUUCUUUUAGUUUUGUUUUACUCAGAAUUUAUUAAUAAAUCCAUUAUAAGUUAUGAAUUGAAUGUGUAAAUCAGAUUAGUAGAAGUGGUAAGAAUCCCGAACGUUUUUUUAAAUAUAUUUUUUAAUGUAAACAGACACUGUGAAAUUGACAAAAGAAUAAAUAAACAUGAUACAAUUCUCGACAAUGUUAUUAGACUGAUAAUGAUUUAUUUUUUUAAGAAAUUGGUAUCUACCAGUAAUUUUACCAAUGAUGACAGGCAAAUACAAUAGGAAUAGCUAUUACAUAUGAAUAAUUAUUAUAAGCAGUAGUGGUAUUUGUCUGUGGUAUCUUCAACAGUUGUACAAGUACGUAGGCAUCUGGACUUUACUUUGUAUUAUAUUAUCGAAUAACAGCAACGGUAAUAAUAACUAUUGUUAAUAAAUUAUAUUGUACUCAGUCCGGGUAAAUAAUGACAAAUAAAUAACUUUAAUUGUUGUUAUUACUAAGGAUGCACACUGGGAUGUUCUGGAGCAGUACAGUUCCAGCGGGUCAGGUAAUUACAUAAGUGUGCGCACAGGACUGCGGAGUCAGCGGCUCAGUUUGUGUUUUGACGCUGAGCCGUCAACUCCCGGCCCCUCGGCACUAAUCUGGAUUAGAGUUUGGUCCGUGCUGCAGCCAGGACUCCAAUAAUCACAUUAUUCUGCGGUGGUACUGACGCGUCCCGAAGCGGAAGGAAGGAGGAGCGACGUCAAACGGUGCCAAAUGCCUCAGACGCGUUCAGCUCACGGACACACGGUUCGUUUGGUCGCAGAUCUUUUUCAAGAGUUGGCUCGUUUCAGGAAGAUCUGACAGAAGUUGGCUGCUUUGCUGUUAUUUUUUUGUUGCCUGUAAACCGUCGUCGCGUGGUGCGCAUCUCCUCCGUGUGCACUGCAGCAUCCACACCGACCACUGCAGCCGAGUCCUGGAGCAGAUCCCUGCACAACCCGAUGCCUUGUUUCCUCCGGAGCGCCCGCAGCCUCUCUGCCGGUGAUCUCCCAGCAGCAGCCGGUGAAACAUGGCAGAUUCACCAUCCAACGUGAUCGGCUACUCGAGGAGGAUCUUACAAAUCCACAUGCAUUCACAGACAUCCAGUGAUAGCACCGUGCCCCAUGUUUUGGCAAUCUUUUGGUUCACCAGAUUCUCACCAUAGUUUGUAAUUGAUGGCCAGCAUGGAGGAGAGCAAGCUCAUCUUCAGCCUGGACCUCCACAAUGAUGGUCCUACUGUGGCCUUCUCCAAAGACAAACCCUCACCCGGAGAGAGCCGGUCUGACCACAGUCUAGGUCUGGACCUGAGCCAUGGCCAUCGCUCCCAGGCCUCCUUCCUUACUCACUCUCCUUCCUCCCCAGGCUCUUUAGCUGACUUAUUUGCAUCAUCAGCGGGCAUGGUCCUCACUAGCAACUUGGUGAAAUCCUCCUCCACGGACCUGGAACCGAGGGAGAGCAGCUCAGUAAGAGGUAAACCUCUCCUCAGCCUGGUCAAGUCCCUGAGCACAGAGAUCUCGCGUCGGGUCGAGCCUGAGGUCAACCUCUCCAAGUCUGACUCCAAGCUGCAUUUGCAUCCCUGGAAGCAGCCUAACCAGCCAAAGAUCCCCGGGGUAAGGCCGGAUGCACGAGUGCUGAAUCAGUAUGACGACUGGGCGUCCCCUCCCUCCAUGGGCAGCAUGUCGCCCAGCGAGCCCCGGGGCAGCUCGCUGAUCGCUGAGUUUGAGGACACGCGGAGGAAGUUCUCGGAGGCCAUGCAGGAUCCUCUGAACAUGCUGAGUAAGAUGAUGGGGGAUGAGAGCUCUGGCAGCCCCAAGCAGGGGAGGGCUUCCACUGCUGGAGACUCACCAGCUUCCCAAGGAAGCUGUGGGAGAGAGGGGAUUGGUGAUGACACAGACUUUAAGUGCCGUAGGAGGACUGAUGAGCAUAAAGGCUUGUGUGACACUCCUCUGAGAAGUCUCCAUAAGGGUUCAUUAACAAAACCCUCGGUAUCCCAAGAACAGCACAGCCACAGCAGAGACAGCCGUUUAGAAAUUCAAACUUACGGAGAUAUGAUUCAAGUGGUGGAGCUCCAGAGGGAAUCCAGAGGGACACAUCGCAAAGCGUACAUCAAGACUCAAGGCCCAUCGCUGCCUAUUCACUGGCUCCUUCCCGUGGGUCUUCUAGCUUAUGGGUUCUUUGUGCUGCCCCUCCCCUCCUAUCUGACCGGCCUGUCGGUGGGGGUCGCAUGUGGCUUUAUGCUGGGCCUGGUGGUAGUGUUCAUUUUUGCCCCGCGACGCUCAAGCGCUAGAGAUAGAAAGAGCCCUCGGUUCAACCCCAACAUGGAUCCACUGGAUGGGAAGCUCACAGAUACGGAAAGCCUUGAGGGCUGGAUGAAUGAGACCUACAGCUAUGACCCAGAGACCUUCCACCCCUCCAUCACACACUCUGUCCACGUCACACUGGAGGGCAGCCGGCUGCAGCUGAGGCACCCGCGUGCCAACAUACCUCGCUGGGCGACGUUCAAGGAGACGCCGUGCGAGGCUGCGUUUGUGCGUUGGCGAACAUAUCAGCUGGCUAACAGUAAGGUGUCUUUGUUGCCUGCUGGCCUGGCUCGCAAGAGGGUGUGGAACAAAAAGUAUCCCAUCUGCAUCACCCUGGCUGAGGGGGAGGUGGGGGAGGAGAGUGUGGUUGAAGGGCAGGAGGAGGAGGAGAGGGCAGAGAGACCCACCACACUGGACCCCCAGCUUCCUGUCACCCUCUACCUGUUUGGCCGCACUGGAAGAGAGAAGGAGGAGUGGUUCCAGCAUUUCUCGUCUGCCUCCAGGGCCGCGGCCAAGAACAGUGCGGGCGGUGAGGAGAACGCAGAGACACCAUCCGGUGGAGAUGCAGCUAAAGACAACGCUGAGGAGCUGCAGGAUUUGCCAGGAGCCAUGAAACCGAGAACGCUGUUGGACUACGGCACCUUCAUGACACAGCUGAUUGGCUCAGAGAGUUGCAAUCCCACCCCGAGCCCCUGCCGCAGUGAGACGGGAAGCCCCACAACCCUCAAGAAGAAUCACAAUGAAGAGCAGGACUCUGAAGGUCAAGCUGGAGCUGAGUGCAGUGCAGGUGCAGGGGGAGGAGGAUGCUCCGCAGAGAGCCAGCCCACCUGGGUGAAUUCCAUAGUGGGAAGGAUUUUCUGGGACUUUCUCCACGAGAAGUACUGGACCGAUCAGGUGGUGCACAAGAUCCAGAAGAAACUCAGCAAGAUCAAGUUGCCGUACUUCAUGAAUGAGCUGACUCUGGCAGAUCUGGACAUGGGCACCUGCUUGCCUCAAGUCCUCAGCACCUCCAAACCUAAACUGGACCACAGAGGCCUGUGGCUGGAAAUGGAGUUGAUGUACACCGGCUGCCUUCAGAUGACCCUGGUGACGAAGAUGAACCUGUGUAAGCUGGGUAGAGAGGGAGAGGAUGAGGCUCAUGCCGUUCCACAGAUGCAUCCAGUGGGCUCCAAGCCCAGGAUGUGCGUUCUGGCUGAUAGCGAUGAAGAGUCAUCCAGCGCAGGCUCGUCUGAUGAAGAGGAAGUCCCUCAAUUUGAGCCCCAGGGGACUGUGGGAGAAAAGAACACAAUUGUUGCAGCCGAUGGGCACACUGGUGGCAGCACAGGCAGGAAAUUCCUCAGAUUUGUGGACAAGAUUGCAAAGUCCAAAUACUUCCAGAAGGCCACAGAGAACGAGUUCAUCAGAAAGAAGAUAGCUGAGAUGUCCAACAUGCCUCUGCUGCUCAGUGUCGAGGUCCUGGAGCUCUCUGGCACUCUGGCCAUCAACAUCCCGCCUCCUCCUACUGACAGGAUAUGGUACAGUUUCCAGGGGCCUCCCAGGUUAGACCUGCAUGUGCGUCCCAUGCUCGGGGAGAGGGAGGUCACCUUGACCCAUGUCACAGAGUGGAUCGAGAAAAAACUGCAGUGUGAGUUCCAGAAAGUGUUUGUCAUGCCCAACAUGGACGAUCUGUAUCUGCCCCUGAUGACAUCCGGCCUAGAAAGCUCCCCUGCAUCCCACCACUCUUCAGUCCAAUCCACAUCCCAACAGUCCUCCAUGGAGUCCCAGGAGUACAUGUCCGAGUAG